CAUGAGCGGAACACCCCCAGUCUUCCUUCCAUCCUCACGAUCCUCCGGUCUCUUCUUCCUUCCGAAUCGCGAGAGAAGAUGACGAAGGAGGAGAAAGAACCGGUGGAGAGCACGGGACGACCUGGAAAGAGCCACGAUCUCCGACCGUCCGGGGGUCAUCUGGCUGCGGCAGGCAUCAACUUGGGAAGGCGACGAUCUUCGAAUUCAACUCACUAUCGACUGGAAAACAACCAAGGAAUCAAGAGAAAUAGGAGUCUUGGAACCGGGGAUGAGACGAUGGACGACCGCAGUGUCAUCGACGCGAACCAAAUGAUUUAUGAGGAGUUCCUGGAGUUUGUGAUAACCCAUCGACAGGUGGUGUACACGUCCCCAGACGGCCAGGUGUCUCGGCUGGAGAUCCUGUCGGUGGAGGAGAAGCCGGGGAAGUUCCGCCGGGCUUUACCUUCUCUUCCCUUACCCUUGGCCGUCUUCCUGGCCGCCCUCAACACUCUCCUGCCGGGAUUCGGUGAGGGCGUCUCUGCUGCUCGCCGUUGA